AGUAUGUGAUCCAUUUCCUGCUUUUAAACAUUUGACAUGUAAUGAGUGAUACGUAAAUGCAUGCAUAUUCUGUUUCAUUUGAAUUCAUAUUGAAAUAGACUGAGUUAACUGUGCAGCGUGUACACACGCAAUUGUUUUUGAAUGUAUAAUGUGUGCAGCUCUGCAAUUCUGGAUUUGACAAGUAAUAUGCAUUUUUGACAACACGCUGGUUGUUUAUGUGCAUGUUAAAGUUGAAAUGACUGGUUAAAGCAAGUGUUCUCUGGUUAAACAGGUUUAGCUGAUUGUGGCACAAUCUGAAUUUUUUUGUGUAAAAAGACAAAGGUAUAAGAGCACAUUUCUGAUGUAACAUUUAGGAUUUAGUUUAGAAUCUUUAAUCUGUGUUUGUGGUGUUUAGAUUGAGUAGGCGAGACUUUGAAAUUCCAUUUGAAUUCAUUUUAUAAUUGUCUGUCAGAGCGUGUGUGUUGGAGACGAGAUGACCUUUUCUGCUGUCUGUGACUCAUUUUUAUAAAAAAAGACUGAAAAUUCACCUCAAGUUCAGAAGUGGUUCAGACUUUCCACUAGACUAGGCGAAAACUCUGUUAUGCUCUGGUAAAUGCAUAACUAAACACAAAUGCACAACCACCCACCCACCCAAAAACGCCCACAUUUACAGUGCUUACAGUAAUCGCUCAUUGUUUUAAUUUACUUGAGCUUUACAGAAGUACAGAAGUCUGAGAUGAUUUUAAAAAUGAGACGUUAUUAGCCCUUGGCUGAGGUGCUCAACAGGAAAUCUGCUGUCUUAUUUUCAGUCGAGCUGAAAGCUAUGAAACUCAUUCUGCGGUGGAUUUUUUGCUUCAGUUUAGGUUUUGUCACUGAUUGCCAAGUGAAUCGUUAUGGAUUGAAGGGAAGCUCAAUCCGUCUGAGCAUCAGUCCCAGAAAUCAGUCACUAAAUAAUGUUAGAUGGCUACGAUUCAACAGGAAAGAAGAGCUUACAGACACAAAAGACAUUUCUCCUCAUUUUGAGAAAAGAAUUAGACUAAAUGUCUCAGACUGGUCUUUGACCAUACUCAACCUUGAGGAAAAUGACAGUGGACUGUAUGAGGCCAUUCAGAAGUGGGAGGUUAAACCUCUGGCUGCAUUCACACUUACAGUGGAGGACACUGUCUCUAAGCCUGUAAUCAACGUGAAUCAAUAUGACUUUAAUUCAUCUGCUGGAGUGUGUCGGGCCACAGUGAACUGUUCGGCUGAUGGCAGCUGGGCCACGUUUGACUGCCACCAAAAUGUCUGUGAUAAGACACGAUCCUCUCUUUCCUCCAUUAACAUCACUGUCACUGCAUUGGACAGCAGCGACAUCAAAUGCUACGUCAACAACAACGUGAGCAGGAAUCAUUCUCAGACUCCCAUUAUGUGCCCUGAAAAGCUGCAAAGUGAUUAUCAUAUCCUCCCAUCGCUCAUCGUUUGGAUCGUUGUCACCGUAUGUGGUGCUGUUUUGUUGGGUUUGGUUAUGAGUGGGACUUUAGUAUUUGUCAAGAGAAGAAGAUGUUCAAAAGUUCACCCACAGUCCAGUCGUGUUGUGAUUGAACAGCAUCAUGAAACUAUUUACUGCACUGUGGAAAAGCCGGCCGCAUCCCAGACAUCUCCAGGAAACAACACGGUCAGCAACAAAGUAGAAACCAUCUACGACAGUCCGUCACGACAUACCAAGGCUUGUCAAGUGGACAGCGUGGAGGUGAAUAGAGACAAUCAGGAGCAACAGCAAUCUGGACAAGACAGAACUAUUCGAGUAAAAGCUACAGUUCACCAGGCAGCAGAACCCGAUUCAGAUCCAAUUAACACGGUUUACUGCAAACUUGGAGAGAUAUGACACAAACACAUACUGUAUACAUCUGAGACGUCACUUCAGUGGAGAUUUAAAU